GCCCCGCCGAGCGCACCGACGCCGGGAGAGUUCGAGCGCUGCUGCUCCGCGUUGUCGGCGUCCAAGCUGAAACCUCCCGGUCUUCGCGGUUGCCCACCGUCAGGCUCUGCGGGCUCUCGCAGGGGUGUGUUGUGGGUUGCACGCGGUGCCACAGCGGGUUGCUGACAGUCGACUGUUCAGACUUCAUUGACCUUACUUACCUCUGGGGGCUUCCACCGUGAACUGCGGGUGAUAUUCUCUAGUAGUCAAGAUGUCUUCAGCACCUGAGCCUCCAACAGUAAAGAAAGAACCACCAAAAGAGAGGAACUUUGAAAACCCAGGCCUCCGAGGGACGCACACAACAACCUUAUUUCGAGCUGUGAAUCCUGAGCUCUUCAUUAAACCUAACAAACCUGUAAUGGCCUUUGGAUUGGUAGCCCUUUCACUUUGUGUGGCGUAUAUUGGUUAUCUGCAUGCAACACAAGAGAACAAAAAGGACCUCUAUGAAGCUGUUGACAGUGAAGGGCAUCGUUACAUGAGGAGAAAAACAUCUAAAUGGGAUUAAAGUGCUGGUUCCUUCAGAUGGAGCCUCAUUACAGGCUCCAAAAUCUUCAAAUGGAAGACUUUAUGAUAGAGUAUGGAAUUAUGCUGUUUCUUGUUCCACAAUCUGUUAACAAGAGAGAAUAUACAGUUGGAAACAGUCCCCUGUAGUAAAUUUAGUUACAGCUGCAGCUAUUAUCUCAUUCUUUUCCCACAAAAGAUUUCUCAAUAUUUCUUCUAUGAAAAUGCCAUAAGAAUGGAAGUCUUUUUUGUUAAAUUCUGUAUAUAAAAAAAAAAGUAACCAGUACUGUUAAAUUUGCAUGGAGUUUCUAAUGUGUUAAGGUGAAUUACACCUUUGCAUCCAUGUUUUGCUGUUUAAUAGAGAAGAUACCUCCUUCAGAUACUAAAAUCAUAACUAAAUGGAAGAAUUAAAACAAAGUAAUUGGA